GUAGUUGACCUCUUUGAUUUUGAACAUGAAUGAUCUUUUCACCAGUCAUUGUUUGGAUACAUUCGAAUAAUUAUCAAAUUGGACGUUUCAACAGUAUUGCUGAAUAUCUGAAGGAGGAAGAUGUUCACGUUAAUUUUAAUUUUGGUCUGUGUAAUAUUCCUCGUGAAAUUGUUCAUCUCAAGAAAUGACGGUAGGAAUUUCAAGGAAAUACCAGGUCCGAAAGGCCUUCCUGUUUUCGGGAAUAUUCAGGAUUAUUUCCUAACAGACGAAAAAUUGUGGAUAGAAUCGAGAGCAAGGGCACUCGAAUUUUAUCCAAUAUACAAAUUGAAAACUCUCAAUAAAACGAUAGUGCACAUUGUAGAUCCAAAGGAUGCAGAGGUCGUUUUGAGUAAUCCAAGAUAUAUGACAAAAGGAGACACAUAUGGACCCUUCAAGGUUUGGAUGGGAAAUGGAUUACUGGUGACUGAAGGUGAAAUAUGGAGAAAGAGUAGAAAAUUAUUGACGAAAUGUUUUCAUUUCAACGCACUCAGGAAUAAGUUGGACUUACUCAACAGUGCGGCGCUUAAGUUGGCCAGUAUUCUGAGUGACGAUAAUGAAAAACCUACGGAUUUGGUGAAACACCUCGGCAGGCAUUCUCUUAGAGUAGCUAUUGCCUCCUUCGUUGGGGAGAAACCAGAGGUGAAAAAUGAUGCAGCGAAACAAUUUUUGAAGGCCUUACAAACUUUGACUAAAAUAACAACUUAUAAGAUUUUUCUGCCCAUUCUGAAAUAUCUCUAUCUGUUCACUUCUAUGAAAAGAGAGGAGGACAAAGCUGUGAAAAUAUUCCACGGCUUCACAUCCUACCUUAUUGAAGGAAACUCAAACUUGGAUAUUACAGAAAAUAGUGAUGAAACGAGACUCUUGAACGUACUGUUAACAAAUUUCCAAGGUCAACAAGUGAAAGACCAUUUGAAUACCAUUUUGUUUGGGGGUCAAGACUCUACUUCCACAGCCCUGUCUUUCAUUUUGUACGUGCUUUCGAACAAACAACAUUUUCAAGAUGAACUCUACAACGAAAUCAUGGAAGUUACGUCAGAUGGGAGGCCAUCUUUCGGGGAAAUAAACCAGAUGAAUCUCUUGGACAGGUUCGUUAAGGAAUGUUUCAGACUAUAUCCCCCAGCCCAUUUUGUUGGUAGACAUAUAAACGAAAAGGUACCCCUUCCUAGUGGUUAUACAAUACCAGCAGGAGCUAUGACUCUUAUUCAUAUCUACGAUAUUCACCACAAUCCUAAAAUCUACCCUGAACCCGACAAGUUCGAUCCUGACAGAUUUCUACCGGAAAAUAUUCAAAAGAGACAUCCCUUUUCCUUCAUACCGUUUAGUGCUGGACCCAGAAAUUGCAUAGCUCAAAAAUUUGCUUUGCUUUCAAUAAAAACCGCCCUAUGUGGACUUUUGACAAAAUUCCGUAUUGAACCCGUAGGAUCACUUGAAGACAUCGUUUUGAUACCUGACAUCCUGUUGAAGACCAAGUAUCCUUUGAAAGUGAUAUUCAGACCCAGGAUCACAUAAUCCAUACUGAAAAAAAUGGAAUAAACUUCUUCAGUUCUAAUUUUUAUUUCUCAACAAUAGAAUCUGGAAGAAAAAUCAAAACAUACAAACUUGAAUCUUGAUCUCUGUUUAUACAAUAUUUACAAUUGAAUAUAUAUAUAUAUAUAUAGUAUUCUUUCAAACGAUUUUUAUAUGUCUUUCAAUAAAUUUCAAUAAAAUUUUUACAUUCGGUUCUGAAAUACACAACUUUAAUAAUUAAUUAUCAGUAAGAAUCUGUUGAUUUUUCAGAAAAUAUAUGUUCAAUAAAGCAUCA